AUGGAUGAACAUUUAAUCGCUACUAUCAAUAAAUUACAAGAUGCCUUGGCUCCACUAGGAGGUGGGUCUCAGUCACCAAUCGAUUUGCCUCAAAUCACAGUCGUUGGCUCUCAAUCCUCUGGGAAAUCUUCAGUCUUAGAAAACAUCGUUGGUAGAGAUUUCUUACCUAGAGGUACUGGUAUCGUCACAAGAAGACCAUUGAUUUUACAAUUAAUCAAUAGAAGAUCUAAAAAGGCUACUGCUGCAGCGGAAAAAAAUAAGUCCAAGCAACAACAUGCCUCUAAGGAUAUCACUAAUCAAUUAUUAGAUUUGGAUUUAAACGAAGUAGAUGAAAAGACUACCCAUAGUAAUGCGCCAGAAACUCCUAAUGGUAAGGGUCAAACUGAAGACAAUGCCGAGGAAUGGGGGGAAUUCUUGCAUUUGCCUAAUAAGAAAUUUUUCAAUUUUGAUGAAAUUAGACAAGAAAUUGUCAAAGAGACUGAUAAAGUCACUGGUGCCAAUUGCGGUAUUUCUGCAGUACCAAUCAAUUUAAGAAUUUACUCUCCUUAUGUUUUGACUUUGACUUUGGUGGAUUUACCUGGGUUAACUAAAGUCCCAGUUGGUGAUCAACCUCCUGAUAUUGAAAAACAAAUUAAAGAUAUGUUAUUGAAAUAUAUCUCUAAACCAAACGCCAUUAUAUUGUCUGUUAAUGCGGCAAAUACUGAUUUGGCAAAUAGUGAUGGGUUAAAAUUAGCAAGAGAAGUGGAUCCAGAGGGGACAAGAACCAUCGGUGUCUUAACUAAAGUGGAUCUUAUGGAUCAAGGUACAGAUGUCAUUGAUAUUCUUGCAGGUAGAGUUAUCCCAUUAAGAUAUGGUUAUAUUCCUGUGAUUAAUAGAGGUCAAAAAGAUGUUGAAAAAAAGAAAUCAAUUAGAAACGCUUUAGAAGAUGAAAGAAAAUUUUUCGAAGAACAUCCAUCUUAUAGUUCCAAGGCUCAAUAUUGUGGUACACCAUAUUUAGCUAAGAAAUUAAGUUCCAUUUUGCUACAUCAUAUUAGACAAACUUUACCUGAUAUUAAGGCUAAAAUUGAAGGAACUUUGAAAAAAUAUCAAAAUGAGUUAUAUAGUUUGGGUCCUGAAACUAUGGAUUCAUCAAAUUCCAUCGUAUUAAGUAUGAUUACAGAUUUCUCCAACGAAUUUAGUGGGAUAUUAGAUGGUGAAGCUAAAGAAUUAUCAAGUCAAGAACUUUCAGGUGGUGCAAGAAUUUCAUUUGUGUUCCAUGAAGUUUACAAAAAUGGUAUAGAUUCAUUAGAUCCAUUUGAUCAAAUUAAAGAUUCUGAUAUUAGAACAAUAAUGUAUAAUAGUUCCGGGUCUGCACCAUCAUUAUUCGUUGGUACAUUAGCCUUUGAGGUUCUUGUUAAACAACAAAUUAAAAGAUUCGAAGAACCGUCUUUACGUUUAGUCACAUUGAUAUUUGAUGAAUUGGUUCGUAUCUUAAAACAAAUCAUUACUCAACCAAAAUAUGGUAGAUACCCUGGGUUAAGAGAGGCCAUUUCUAACGAAUUCAUUGAAUUCUUAAAAGAGGCAAUGAUUCCAACAAACAAAUUCGUUACUGAUAUAAUUGACUCAGAAAGAACAUACAUUAAUACAGCACAUCCAGAUUUAUUAAAGGGAUCUCAAGCCAUGGUCAUGGUUGAGGAAAAAUUACAUCCACCACAACCUGUCGCAGUAGACCCAAAAACCGGGAAGCCAUUACCUCCAAACCAGCAAGUUCACCAACAAGGUGGUGCAUCCGCUGCUACCAAGGCAUUAGCUAACGAUGAAAAGGGAGGAUUUUUUGGUGGUUUCUUUACCAGUAAAAACAAGAAGAAGUUAGCAGCAUUGGAAUCUCCACCACCUGUCUUGAAAGCUACUGGACAAAUGACAGAAAGAGAAACUUUAGAGACUGAAGUUAUUAAAUUAUUAAUUACUAGUUAUUUCGAUAUUGUUAAAAGAACUGUAGCAGAUAUUAUUCCAAAAGCAUUGAUGUUGAAAUUGAUUGUGAGAAGUAAAAGCGAUAUUCAAAAAGUGUUGUUGGAAAAACUUUAUAAUAAUAAGAAUUUGGAAGAGUUGACGAAGGAAAAUGAUAAUACUAUUCAGAGAAGAAAGGAAUGUAAGAGAAUGGUGGAAAUCUUGAGACAUGCUAGUGAGAUUGUUUCAUCUGUUUAA